GGGGACGAGGAGGAGGAGGAGGAGGGGGCAUGGGUGGGCGCGUGGGGCGGCGUGCGGGCGUUCGCGGGCGCACUGGUGCACCGCGCCGCUCGCGCCGUGCCCGUCUCAGAGACCAGCGUGGGCGCCCUCGCGCUCUUCUUCGCGGGCCUGCUACCUCCGGCCAUGACUCACCUGCUCUUUUACCCUCUUUACAGAUUGGUUUUCGGCACUCUCUACCCCGCCUAUGCCUCCUACAAGGCCGUGCGAACGAAGAACGUCAAAGAAUACGUAAAAUGGAUGAUGUAUUGGAUUGUCUUUGCCCUCUUCACUUGUGCAGAAACAUUCACAGAUGUAUUUCUUAGCUUUUGGUUUCCAUUUUACUAUGAAAUCAAAAUCAUCUUGGUGCUAUGGCUCCUCUCGCCAGCAACAAAAGGUUCCAGCAUUCUGUACCGAAAGUUCGUACAUCCAAUGUUGAGCCGACGAGAGCAGGAGAUUGAUGAGUACAUAGCAAAAGCCAAGGAACAGGGCUACACCACUGUACUCCACUUGGGGACCAAAGGUGUCAACUAUGCUACAUCAGUCAUUAUGCAGACUGCAAUUAAGGGUUCAUUAAUGGUUUACGAGCAACUUAGACGCAGUUACAGUUUAAGUGAUCUCAGCACAGAUUCCGAUAUGGCCGAUGUGAAUAGAAAUAGCAAGAGCAAGAUGUUGACCAACAUACCAGAUGAAGAUUUGGAAGAAACUGAUGAUGUUUCAAUGGAUGAUCACAGAGUAAGGCGCUCAAGAGGCUACAGCCCAAGACGGUCAGCGUCUGGAUCAGGAAGAGUUGAAAUGUACUUCCCAGAAGUUGAUGUAGACGUCAGACAGCAUGGAUCUCACUCUCGUGAUCCCAGUCUCACAUUAAGGUAGAUGUCAUAAGUGACUUUACAAAUUUUAAAGAAAGUGACAGCUUUGCCAUGUAUCCACCAGGGCAUCAAAUUGUAAUUUAGUGUGUUCUAGUUCAUGAAAAACCAAGUAUGUGUGUUUAGGAAAUAUUCGGGGAAUAGUUAAAGAUAACUUAAAACAAGAUUGUUUUUUAAUUAAUGUACUUUUUGUCAUUCUAUUAGUAGCACUUACCACAUUUCAAAAAGGAAAUGUGUCCAAACAAAGAAGGUAAGAAAUUUUGUGCCGAGUUCAUUUGCGUUCUAUCAGCUUUUAUUAUCAUUCCUAGUCAGAAGUCCUACAAUCAAUGCAUACAAGAGUAUUAUUCCUGACUUCCCUGUAAUUCCCCUCCAUCAUCUGAUUGUAACAUCAGUCAAAAGUGGGCUGGUGUCUUAUUUUUUGCACAGAUUUGAUGCCUUGGCUUACACACAAAGUAAAUAUCUGUAAACAUGUGCAGAAAUGUACUCUUUUUGUAUUGCCAAAAUAAUAUCUAAUAUGAAAAUGAUUAUCAAAGAUACAUGCUAUUUAUUGCAGUUUAUUCGAGGUCUCUUAAGAAAAUAAGUUAAUAGGGGUCAUGAAUAGCAAAGUCAGAAAGAGAGUUUGUUAACUGUAGAAGUAUGCAAUUCACGUGUUCACCUUAGCCAGAUUCGGUCAUCUGAAGAUGUGAGUUCUGGUUACUCAAGCGCUGAGCCACUCUACUCGGGCCACCAUCCCACACGAUCGGAAGGACUGGCGACAAGUCGGGAGCCUUUGGUGCGCACAGCUUCUGUGGGCGGGGCCAGCCGAACUGCACGCACUCGUACAACUCGAGGUGGAGCUGUUCCAAAACGAUCAUCCCCAGCUGAGGUUCCGGGAUUUGCAACUCUUCCACGCAGCAAGAAACCCAGCAAGAAGAAAAUCCAGUGAAGAUUAAAAUUUGAGUGCUUGGUACUGUUUCACAUUUGCUGGUGAUCUAAAGAUCAGUUAGAGGCAAUGAAGACAAGGAAGAUGAUGAUGAAUAGCAGACAUGAUUCAAAGCAGGCAAUGGAGAAAAAAAUUAAGAAUGUUUCCCUUUCUGCUUUCUUCAGUAAUACAUAUCAAUUUUUUCUUUCUUGUCCAUUAGUUUGAUUAAAUGUCAACUUGUUUGUUCUCUUAUAGCGUUCUAAUAGCCAAUUGCUGUGGUUAAGGAUUUUCAUUGCCAGGUAACAAUUGCUGAAAUUCAGCCUUUAUGAAUGUUGCUUAUUAACAAACUGAAAAAAUUACAUUAUCUUACAGUAUUUGAUUUGUUAAUAUUCAGUGUGAAAAAAUUUUCACUUUUGGAUGCUGUCACUGAACUAUGCUUUUUUGAAAAUGUGUAUGUUGUGAAUAUGUUAUAUAUGCACGAAGUGACCAGAAAUGAAGAGGAUGUUCUGUAUGUGUAAAUAGGUGUGGUUUUGUACAAUCUUGAUCUGAUCUAGGUAUUAGUGUGAGAUUGUGAUUGGGAUAUUGAUUGUGAAGGCCAUUGUGUACCCUGUAUGUCACAAACAACUGUAUUGAUGAUGAGGAUGAUACGCUCUAGUUAAAUACAUGCUUUAAAAGCAUACUUUUUAUACCAUUAUACAAUUAGAAUGAGUUUAAGUAAUUGUAUACAUCAUUAUAAUAAUUAUUGUUCUACAAACAUUCAUGAGAAAUAUUUGUGCUUCAAACUUUAUACUUGUUGCUUGUGAAUACAAGAAAUGAAUUUGUUUAUAGUGCCAUGUUUAUAAAUGAGAAGUGAGAAAUGUCAUUGUCUGCAUGACGACCACUUAGCAUAGAUCAUUAAAAUGAAGAUUGUACACUCCAGCAUUUCAACCAUGAGACUGACCGAUCUGGUAGAUAUAUAUUGACAGAAUUGAAGUAGGGCACUAGCAGGCUUCAUCUCUUAGGGAAAUGUUUGCAAAAUAAGAGAGUUUACAAUUUUGGUUUUGUUGUUAAUUGUUUCUUGUUGAAAUCAUAAAAACACUGACAACAUUAAUGUACAAUAGUUGUCCUUGUUUUGAGUAGGCUUAUGCUGUAUUGAUAUUAUGUGGCUAUUGCUUAAAUUGUAAAAAAAAUUCUUAAAAAAAUCGAAGAAAACAGGUGCUGAAAAACAGGGUGCUCUACUUGUGAAGAGAUGAACAAAACAAAAGUUGGUAGGAGCACCUACUUGCUAGGAAGAAUGUAUUUCGAGAAUAAAGAUAUAUUGUUAUCAGAU